AUCCAAUAUAACCAAGAAACACCAGAAAAUAUUUUAUCUAUGGGAAGGAACAGAUGGCAUGGUAAUGAUUGCGUGUUUAUUCGAUUAUAAUAUUUCAAGUAUAAACUGUUUGGAAUGGCCACAGACGAAAUAGAAUACAAUGCAUAUUAUCAUACUUUACAGAACGAAUUUAGAAGAAAAUAUGAACAAGCCAUAUCUAAAUGUUGGACAAUUUGUGUUCCUUGCACCAGGGCAUUAAGAGGGCUUGACAUUACAGAGGAUUUUGUAGACCUCCAUAUUCUCAAACCGUCAGUUUCAUUUCCAAGUCAUUAUGAUAGCACAGAUAAGGAUAGCAGCCAUAGCUUUGAGUUAGAUGGUACUUCCCUCAUACUACAUGAAGCUCCAAUUGACGUUACAGAAAAAUAUGUGGUGAAAAUAUUGUCUGUUGAAACUGGAUAUAACAAGGAGUAUCAGCAGUAUAAGAUUUUGAUUACAGAAAAACCACUGAGUCCAAAGUAUCAACCAGAACCAGGUGAAGACAAUGAUGUACACCUAAGAAAAAUAAAUUCACUGACAGACGCUAUUGGAUUCCUUGCUCAGGUUCCAGCUCAUGUGGAGAUACUGAAUAAACUAGGACCAGAAUUACAGCAACUCUGUUCUGCAUUGCUGUCUGACUCUUUACUGGCUGUAAGGGAGAGAGUACAUGAUACAAUGAACUGCUACUGGGUGACUCUCCUCAAGACACAUACACUGGAUAGACAAAGGGAUGCCCAUUUCCAAAAUUUGCUCAGUAUUUCCAUUGAGAAUUACAUUAUGAGCCACUUGCAUGACUCUGUCUUCCAAAUGGCAUGCAGCAAACACCAUGAAGAUGAUGCACAAAUACUUCAGCUAGUGAAGGAGCUGGCUUCUGUAGGUGUUACUGCAGAUCAGCUGGGAGCACCAGAGGACUUUGCUAUUCCAUUACCAGCAGCGGUGGUUGAACUGGCAUCCCUCGAUAGCUUAAAUUGCCCAAUAGAUAAACUAACUUGCCUUCGAACCACCCUUGAUCUAAUCCUUGCCGAGUUGAAAGGAGCCAUAGUAGAUGCUCACAGUGUACUUUCAAAAGAUAGUCGGUUGCCAACACUAACGACAGAUGAUUUGAUUCCCCUUUUGGUAACAGUCAUCAUACAAGCAAAACCUCUGCAUAUGGCAUCCAAUUUGUAUUAUAUGGAGAAUUUUCAGUGGACCUUAUCACCUAAUGAUGCCAUCAGUUUCAGUCUUGUAACAUUUAAAGCAGCGAUUCAAGAAUUAUUGACCCUGAAACCUAAAGAACUGAGACCUCGCAGUGAGAAGGUACAUCGAGAAUUAUGUCUAGAGGACCUUAUAAAGGUAACAGUUGAAGUAGGACAGAGAUUUGAAAGAAGUGGUGAAAGACGAGAGGAGAUUCCCAUCUCUCCAUUGGAUCGUCAAAUGGAAAGGAUAACUGCGAUGAUAGAAGCUUCCACACAGGAACUGAAUGAUGAAAUGCUGAACACAAGUGGAAAUACAGAUGAAAACAAACAUGUACCUGGAUAAGUUACAGAUUGGGCAACUGUAAGUAAUUUAAUUCUGCAAGUAUAGUCUGUGAGAAAAGAGUAUGUGCUUACCAGCUGAAGAUAUACAACCAUGUUUGUUUGCUUCCGAGUAAAGAUUUGAAAAUGUAAAUUUUACUAGAUAUCACAGAUUUUUGGAACAAGCCACUCCUGUGUGUUACCAUGUAAAGAUUUAUGAAUAAUCAAGCCUUAGCAAUUUCAUUGAGCAAUAUAUAUUAUUUUUAUACAUAUCAAACAAGUUAGUUGUAAAAUCUGUCUUAGGGAACUAACUAUAUCAUAUAAUAUGGAUUAUAUAGACCUCUUAUGGAACUAUCAAAUGGUGUGCAUAUGGUUUAUGAAUGUGGAACCAUAAGUAAUGAGAGUUGCCUAAAAUCUGACGAUGACUGAUAUAAAGAAAAUGUUCUCUUUUGUUAUUAAAUGUCUAGGGUGUAUUACAGCAUCCACCAUAUUGUUUAUUUUAUCUGUUAAAUUAAUUUUUUGUAGUCAGUUAUAAUAAAAAUAAUUUUGUACACAUAUAGUAAUUUUCAAACCAUUCAGCUGUAAUAGGAAAUGUUAACAUAGCCCUUACAUUAAUUUUCCAUAUACAUCAACACUGUUUACAAAGGUGCUCUGUAAACAUUUUUUUCUAUUUAAGAACAUAAACCCUUUUUACAUACUUUGUACAGAAUAAGAACACUAAACUACAAAGAGCUUCAAUUAAUUCAUUAUAAGUUUGUUGUAUUUUUGUCAUUCCCUAUUUUUACAAUGAUGCAUCAUUUGAGGAAUAUUGGCUGUAUAGUUUACUGCACUUCUGUGAUUUUUUAAAGAAGAAACCAUGCUACCAUGACCAGUCACCAAUUUGCAGCUGUGAUUUAUCAAUGUACAUCCAUCCUCAAGUUUUAUGAAGUUUACAGAAGACUUUAUUAGGGUCCACAUUUAAUAAAAUUAUAAGUAGACAACUGAAUUAUACAAAAACUUCUUUCCGAGAGGAAUUUCCUUGGAUAUACUAUUAUUUUCAGUUUUGUACUAUAUAAUUGAAAAAAUAAAUAUGCACUCUUCUGUGACAUUUA